AUGUCCGCUGAUCAUACUAGAGAUCCUUGUCCUAUUGUCAUUUUAAACGAUUUUGGUGGUGCCUUCGCCAUGGGUGUUAUUGGUGGUUGUGUUUGGCAUGGUAUUAAAGGUUUCAGAAAUUCUCCAUAUGGUGAAAGACGUAUUGGUGCUAUAAGUGCUAUUAAAGCUCGUGUUCCAGUCGUUGGUGGUAAUUUCGGUGUUUGGGGUGGUUUAUUCUCCACUUUUGAUUGUUCUGUUAAAGCUAUUAGAAAAAGAGAAGAUCCUUUAAAUGCUAUUAUUGCAGGUUUUUUCACCGGUGGUGCUUUAGCUAUUAGAGGUGGUUGGAGACAUACAAGAAAUAGUGCAAUUACUUGUGCUUGUUUAUUAGGUGUUUUCGAAGGUGUUGGUAUGAUGUUCCAACGUUAUAUGGCAUGGCAAAAUAAACCUAUUGCUCCUCCUUUACCUGAUCAACAACCUUUACAAUAA